AUGCUCUCAGAAGGUGAGCUGAAGGACUUUGCCCAGGGCCAGUCCCUGUACCGUGUUCUCCAGCCCUGGUGGGAUGUCUUCAGCCACUACCUAUCCAUCAUGAUGUUCUCAAUCGGAACCCUCGGAGGAACUCUGCAGGUCACCCUCCGCAAGAUCGUCUGCGUCCCCUGUCAGAUGACAUCAGAUGACUUCUGUGUGGUUUUUAACCAUAGAGGCACCACAUUAAGAAAUGCCACUACUGAAGCCAGCUUCCCUCUCCUCCCCAAGGGCCUUUACAAGCUAGAUCUUCAGCAGUAUGCUUACGUUGACGCCGUGUGCUACGAAAAACAACUCCACUGGUUCGCCAAGUUCUUCCCCUACGUUGUGAUGCUAGAGACUCUGGCUCUUGUGAUUAUAAGCAACGUGUGGUUCAAGUACCCUAGCACCAGCUCCAGACUCAUGCACUUUGUCUCCAUUCUACACAAAUGCUGUGACUCUCCCUGGACCACCCGGGCCUUGUCCGAGACAGUGGCAGAGCAGGGUGGGGCCCAGCCCUCAAUGAGCAUGUGUAGUCCUGCUCUCCAGGCCUCUUCAACAUCAGACUGUAGCAGCAGAAGGCCAAUGGGGACAGAGUUUCUUAGCGUUUUAGACAAAAAGGAAGGUGAGCAGGCCAAAGCUAUCUUUGAGAAGGUGAAGAAAUUGAAAGUACACGUGGAGGACAAAGACAUCAUUUAUCACUUGUAUAUGAGGCAGAUCGUCACCAAGAUUGUGUUUCUGCUGUUCACCUUGGCCUAUAUCCCUUACGCAGCCUCACAUAUCCUGUUUGACGUUGACUGUGUGGUAGAUUCCCAAGCUCUGAUGCUGUUUCAGCCCUUUCACUGUGUUCACUCACUGGCCACCAUUUUCUGGCUCCUCUCCUUGGUUUACACAGUACUGAUGGUCAUUUACAGCUUGACUUGCUUCUACAGCUUCUGGUGGAUGAUGAGAAACUCUCUCAGGGAGUACUCCUUUGACUCAGUGAGGGAGGAGAGCAGCUUUAGCGACAUCCCCGAUGUCAAGAAUGACUUCGCCUUCAUCCUCCACCUCCUGGACCAGUAUAACCCUCUGUUCUCUAAACGCUUUGCAGUCUUCCUCUCAGAGGUCAGUGAGAAGAAACUGAGGCAGCUCAACCUGAACUACAUGUGGCCUUUGGAAAAGCUGACCCAGAAGGUGAUGCGUAACGCUCAGGACCAGAUAGAGCUCCAUCUCAUGCUCCUCAGCGGCAUCCCAGAGGCCGUGUUCGAUAUCAGGGAGCUAGAGGUGCUCAAGCUGCAGCUGAUACCGGAUCCUAGGCUCACGCAGAAGCUUACGCAGCUUGGGAACCUGAGAGAGAUCUGGCUGGAUCAUUCUCCUGCCACCGUAGACCUCAUGGCUCUGGGGUUUCUCUCUGAGAACCUGAGGAUCCUGAGGAUGAAGUUCACAGAGGUGGAACAGGCUCCCUGGUGGGUUUUCAGUUUGCGUAACCUGACCGAGCUCUAUCUGUAUGGAAAUAUGUUCAAUCAGGACAGCACGACGUUCGUCAACAGCCUACCCAAGCUCAAGAAUCUGAAGGUGUUAUUCAUCAAGUGCACCAUCACCGCCAUGCCGAAAGUGAUUACCAACUCAAUACCCUCGAUACAGAAGCUUUCCGUCGACAACGAAGGCACCCAACUCUCUGUCCUGCAGAGUCUGAAAAUGAUGUCACAGCUCACCUGCUUGGAGCUACUGAACUGUGAUCUCCAGCGGAUACCGAGUCAUAUCUUCAGCCUGAAGAACCUGCAAGAAAUAGACCUCAAAGGGAACAACCUCAAAACCAUUGAGGAGAUCAUCAGUUUCCAGCACCUUCCCAAGCUCUCUGUCCUGAAGCUGAAGUACAACAGUAUCACUUACAUCCCUGUCCACGUCGGCGUGCUGGGCAACCUGGAGCAGCUUCAUCUGGGUCAUAACCUCAUCAGCUGCAUGCCAGCGCAGCUGUUCCUGUGCAGCAGACUCUAUCUGCUAGACCUCAGUCACAACAAGCUGUCUGCCAUUCCUAUUGAAAUACAGGAACUGAAGAGACUGCAGCUCCUCAAUGUGUCUAACAAUAAUAUUGACCAUCUCCCAGAAGGUAUGUUCCAGUGUAAGACCCUCCAGUCCCUACUGCUAGGUCACAACAACCUGUCAGUGGUCCCCCACCAGGUGGGUGAGCUGACCAACCUGGUGGUGUUGGACCUGAGGGGGAACCAGCUGGAGAGCCUUCCUGCCGAGCUGGAGGAGUGCCACAGCCUGAUGCCUAGUGGCCUGCUGGUAGAGGACGGGCUGCUCAACUCUCUGCCCCCCAGUGUCAAGGAGGGCUUCCAGAGGCCUGAUAAGGAGUACCAGGGGAAAAUGGAGGCUGAAGGAGUAGGGAAUGCUCUCACCUCUAACCCCAUGAUCUGUAAUACAGCAGGACAUGGAGAUACGGCCUGCAGCGUGAUAUACUCCAUGUGA